AUGGACAUCCUGGUGCCACGACGGCUGCUGUCCAAGGACCUUUUGACCAGCGAGUCCUUCGACUGCGCAGACGCCUUCGGCCACGGCACCUUUCAAAGGCGCCUGCUGCUGCUCUGCACCAUCGCUACCUUCCUUUCGAACCUCCAUGGCUUUGUAUUCCCUUUGAUCAUGAGAGACGUUAAGUACAGGUGCAAGCUUCCGGCGCCGCCGCCGCAUUACAACGGUUCUGCGCUCGAAUGGAGGAGUUUGUUAAUCCCCGAAGAAGCAGAUGGCGAAUUGAGCCUCUGUCGCCGCUACGAGCACCCGGAGGAACCAAACGGCAGUACCCCCAACACGAUUCCCUGCGGUGAGUGGGUGUACGACGACGAUGACGAGCCGGCGCGCACUAGCAUCGUGAGUGACUGGGACCUCGUCUGUCAGAGGCGUAUACUCGUCUCGGUGAUGAUUGCGGUCCACAGCUUCAGCUCUUUCCUGUUCACAGUCGUCGCUGGAUCGCUCGCCGACGCCAUAGGUCGGUUGCCCGUGGUCCUGGCAUGCGCGGUAGCACUCAUCGUCUCCACUGUCGCCGCAUGCCUUUCCAAAAGCUACGUGAUGUUCGUGGCAGUGAAGUUUAUCAGCUCGGGAAGCGCAUUCGCAGUCAUGAUUAUUACCGCCAUGUCCGUCUUCGAGAUUACCACGCACAGUAACCGGCCGCUCCAUGUCAUCUUUGGCGCAACGCUGGGCCUUCUGUUUUCCGACAUGUGGUAUGCCACCGUCGCAACAGUCAAGCUCGGUUGGAUGCUGAAGCAGGUGGUGUUUAUGUUUCCGACCGUGCUCAUGCUGCCGGCCUUCUGCGUCGUCUUCGAGUCACCCCGCUGGCUGGUCGCAAAGGCUCAAUUCAAUGCUGCGGAGGCGGUUAUGAUGACUGCGGCCGCGAUGAACCACUUUCCCAUCCAUUACACGGCGGUGACACUGGACAAGGUCAAGACGGUGAUGGUCAGGAACGCCGUUCGCCUGCCUUCCAUCGACCAGGACAUGCCCAGUGCGUACUCCAUGCGGCGGCGCGCUCUGAUUUUGAGCCUUUCGUAUUUCUCCGUCACGUUCUCCGUGUUCGUCCCGUCGUUCGCCACUGGGAAUCGAAAUGAGCCCUGGCACACUCUGGGGUCAUUUUCCGUGAACCUGUUAGGCUACGCGAUGAUGCACCUCCUAAUCACCAGGCUCAGCAUACUGACUGUGAUGAAUGUGUGGUUUUCGGUGCUCGGCGUGCUUCAAUGCCUACUGAGUCUAGCGGUCGGCGCGGGUGCCGAGCUUAUGAGCCAGGCCCUGGUCAUGGUGGCCACGGCGCUCUUCUACUCCGGCUCUGUCCUUUGCUUCGUCUACACCCUCGAGCUUUUCCCUACAGCCAUCCGUGGUACGGUUGUAUGCUGGGUCUUCGCCUGUGGACGCCUAGGCGCCGUGUGUGCUACGGUAGUGCUGGAGUUCCUUGGGCUCAGUCGUGCUGACCUUGGGCACGCGGUGGCCGGCACUCUUCUUAUGGCGUCGAUGUUCGCCCAGGGUGGCCUACCGCAGGCUACCACGGUAGAGUGCAACAAGAUGGAACACCGGCCCGCGUCGGCUGUGAGGAAACGCAGCAUGGAAUACAUGAAGAAGACGCUUGACUCCGGGCUCCGCGACACGUCCAGAAGUAGGAUUAGUAUCGACAACUCCAAGUGCAGCACUGUGUCUCGCAGCCGUCGACGUUCACGUCACUAG